AUGUCACUCUCAGACCAGGGUUUCAGUUUAAUCCCAUUUGAGUCUUGGCAUUUGAAGUUACAAUGCACUCACAGGGACUUGUCCUCCAGUGGAUUAAGAGGCCAGAUAUCUCCUUUUAUAGCCAAUCUCUCAAUGAUACAAGCUUUGGAUUUAUCAAACAACAACUUGACAGGACCAAUUCCAGACUUUUUGUCUCACAUGCCAAAUUUAACUGUCCUAAACUUGGGGCAAAACAAGCUCAGAGGCCAAGUUCCAGCACGGCUCAUUGAUAGAAAUAAAACUGAUGGGCUAUCAUUGAGUCUCUGUGAAAAUCCAAAUCUAUCCAAAUUCGGACAUGUUUCUUGCAAAUCAAGGAAGAAGCACAAUGUUGUUAUCCCCGUGGUAGUAUCCAGUGUUGGAACUAUCAUCCUCUUAUUAACUGUAGCAGCUAUCUGGUGGAGAUGUAAAAGUGAAGAAAUAGAUGAGCCAAUCGAGCCAUGGGGUAGAAAAUUUACAAAAUCAGAGAUCGACAAGAUUACCAGCAAUUCUACACUAAUUGGGCGAGGCGGAUUUGGAGAAGUCUACCAUGGCACUCUGGAAAAUGAUACUCAAGUUGCUGUGAAAAUACUUGAUUUAUCAUCAAGUCAAGGCUCAGAAGAAUUUCAAAAUGAGGUAGAUUUAUUGAUGAGAGUUCACCAUAGAAACUUGGUUUCUCUAAUUGGCUACUGUGACGAAGGUGACACUAUGGCGCUUAUUUACGAAUACAUCGCGAAUGGAAAUUUGCAACAGCAUAUAUCAGGCUUGACUUGGAAGCAGAGACUUCAGGUUGCAGUAGAUGCAGCACGAGGAUUGGAAUAUCUGCAUGAUGGUUGCAAACCGCCAACACUGCACAGAGAUUUGAAGCCUUCCAACAUCUUGUUAACUGAGACGUUGCAAGCCAAGAUAGCGGACUUCGGAAUUUCUAAAGCUCUUGCAACUGAUUCUGCCACUCAUGCAUUAACAGACCUCAGAGGAACAUAUGGGUACCUGGAUCCUGAAUAUUGCACAACUGGACAGCUCACCAGAAAGAGUGAUUCAUACAGCUUUGGGAUUGUGUUGCUAGAGCUUAUAACUGGCAGACCAGCAAUAAUAACAGAAUUAGAAACUGUACAUGUUAACGUAUCUGAUUGGGUGAGGGCUAAAUUUGAGAGAAUGGAAAUUGAAAGCAUAGUGGAUUCGAGAGUACAAGGGACAUACAAGUAUUCUUCUGCACAGAAAGCUAUAGAAACUGCCUUGGCUUGUGUAUCUAAAACACCAACAGAAAGGCCAGAAAUAAGUCGUGUAUGA